GCUCCCCUGUAAUUUCUAUGCAAAUAUAGCACGUGAAUUUAAGAAAACAAAUACAUGUUGUUUAUCUAUCUCUUUGUACCCAUAAUCGUUCGCAUAACUAAUGCAUUUUAAGAAAAGAGAAAGCAAGCCUAUAAGCGACGAGGAAUGUGAAAUAUGCAGAGCCUUGAAUGAAGCAACAAAGAAUGAACCUCGACCAUGGGACAAGACCAGUAUCACUGUAGUUGGUAUUUUUGGUGCCUUUGUGGCUGGGACUGCUGCCUUGACGGUCUCAUUCAUUGCACCAGCAUUCCGUAAAGUGAUCCUGCCGUAUGUGCCAGCCACUACACUGCAGGUUCAGAAUGUAAUGAAGGCUUUGACAGGCAGGCAAGGAUCAGUUCUGGAUAUUGGAAGUGGUGAUGGCAGAGUGGUGAUAGAGGCAGCAAGACAUGGUUUCCAUGGAUAUGGAGUUGAGCUUAACUAUUGGCUUGUGUUGUUCUCCCGCUAUCAGGCCUGGCGUCAGGGGAUGGGCCACAGUGCAACGUUUUUCCGCAAGGACCUCUGGAAGACAGACAUGUCUAAGUACAACAACAUUGUGAUUUUUGGAGUGGACACAUUGAUGGGCGGACUUGAAAAGAAAUUUGAAAAGGAGAUAACUCUGGACACAAGAGUUCUUGUAUCACGGUUCCCUUUGCCCAACUGGCAACCUGUUAAUCAAGUCGGACAUGGACUGGACGCGGUGUGGACCUACAUGCGUCCUGAUCACCCAGAUUAUGAACAAUCUAAGAUCUCAAAGGAUGUUGUGAAAGGGAAUUAUAAAAAAGAAAGUAGGAGCAACGAUAAUUUUGGUUUUACUGGUAAUCAGAAACAAGUGUAAGACACUUCCAAUUAUUGAAUUAAAUUAUUUUCAAAAUUA